CCACACACACCCAUCUUCAAAUCUCUCUCCCUCUCUCAAAGGGAUUCUUUCGUACGUGCACGGUUCUGCUGAGUUAGAUUAAAGCGGAGCUAGUAGUAAGCAAAGUAGGGACGAAGCAAGAGAAGGAUGGGGAGAGCACCUUGCUGCGACCGGAGCGGGCUGAAGAGAGGGCCAUGGACGCCGGAGGAGGAUCAGAAGCUCGUCGACUACAUCCACAAGCAUGGCUCCGGAAACUGGAGGACUAUCCCCAAGAAUGCAGGGCUGCAGAGGUGUGGAAAGAGCUGCCGCCUGCGGUGGACGAACUAUCUCCGACCGGACAUCAAGAGAGGGAGAUUCUCUUUUGAAGAGGAGGAGACCAUCAUUCAACUCCAUAGCAUUUUGGGGAAUAAGUGGUCUGCAAUAGCCGCUCGUUUGCCUGGCAGAACAGAUAACGAGAUCAAGAACUAUUGGAACACCCACAUCAGGAAGAGGCUCCUCCGGAUGGGGAUCGAUCCGGUGACGCACGCCCCCCGCCUCGAUCUCCUCGACUUCUCUUCUCUCAUGAGCCCUGGCCUCUUCCAUCACGGUUCGUCGGCUCGAGCGGACUUCUCCAGGCUGCUCGGCAUCGACCCUCCGAUCAAUCCCGAACUGUUGAGGCUCGCGAGUUCCCUCCUAUCGUCCCAGCGUCAUAACCUGAACCCGGCUCCUCAAAGUUUCCAAGAGAGCCAGCUAAUAAACCAAGAAAUUCAAGAAAUCCCUGGUUUUACUACAAUGGCCUCCCCAUUUGUUCCAUUCCCUAAUGAAGCACAAGUGCCUCAACCCAAAUUAGAGGAUGAAUUUCCUUCGAAUCUUGCCGACUUCAGCUCUUCGAGUAAUUCUCAGAUGAGUGACUUGGCUUCAAACCUUACACAAGAUUAUGCUCCAUUCCCAAGUUACGAGUACGACUACCACGGUUCAGACCAAUCUCUAAUCGAUCAUGCAUCAACCAACUCGGCCUUCAAUUCUCUCGACGGCCACCAAAGUCUUGGUUCCUCCAGCCCGACCCCGAUAAACUCGAACUCGACGUACAUCGCCGGCAGCAGCACGGAGGACGAGCGGGAAAUCAGCUACUGCAGCAACGUGUUGACGUUCGAGCUGCCGGAUCUUUUGGAUGUGAAUGAUUUCAUGUAAUGUCAAGAACACCCAGAUGGUGAAAAAAAGAGUUUCGCCACAAGGGUCUUGGAUUUGCAUGCUGUUGAUGGGUUUCAGAAGCUAGAAAGGCUUCUUCUUCACCAUUGAUGUGCUUGACUUUUCCCUUCAAGAUUAAAUAAUUAAGCUUAGUGUACGAGGAAGGCAAGAUCGUCCAGACGUCCUCUUCUUCCUUUCUUUUUUCCUGAUUUUUUAGUGUGGUACGUUUUCAUUAUUGCUGUCCAACCUUGUGUUAUCUUCUCCUUUUAGACUGUCGUACCAUGUUUGACAAUUGAAAGCACUACUCCCAUUGUGCAAUUUAAUAGAAAAACUCUCUCGCCAAACAUCAGUAAAAUCUCCCCAACUGUGAUGUUGCUUCCGAAAGAUAACAAAAGAUUGGCCAAGUUAUCCAUCAAUCAUCAGUCACCCUCAUGGAUUAAAAAACCGAGCGUUUCUAUUAACAGAUAG